GAGAGCGAGCGGUGGUUAGUGUUUUCCGCAACGCCGAACUUUGAGCAUCGCGCGUCGAUUCAGGGCAGUAGUUAUUUCCACGCGGGCAGCCAGUCAGUGUGGGCGCAGGCAAUAAUCAACACCGGAGAUCCUACCGAUCUCUGAUACUUUGGACACAGAGUGGACGAACUGUUGGUGUUUCCGGGGGCCGGGUGUGUUCGGUUGUGAGUUGGUAAUUGAAAAACAAGAGGGUACACACGUAGGUAAUCCGAGACCGGACUGUGAAAUGAUCCAGCAGUGCAUGCUUAGAUGUGCAGUUUAUUUUUCGGAGUCUUUCGGCAGGCGGCUGGGAAAUUAGUGGUUGCUAUUUCGGUUUUUUUGCACUGUUGACACAAAGUGACAGCUCGGAACGAAUACACUGUGGAACUUUGUGGUAGCGAAAGGUGUUUUUGUGUUGCGGCAGUUUGUAAGCAUUGGACAGAAAGUGUGUUCAAAGGUAUACUGGAUUAAACGUAGCCUAAGCCCAGAAUCCACGCCACACGCCACGCACUGGCUGCACUACCUUGCGGCAAUCUCACGUGCGCUGGCUGACUUGACUCCGGCGGCACUCUACCGGUUUUUGUGUUUUCAUCUGAAAGACUCUGCGGUCGACUUGGAACAGCUGUCAGCACUUUUCAAAACUGCGGUUUCCCCCCGCGCAAACCAUUCAUCAAUCAACCGGAUCAUCUACCAACACCACCCGCGUGCAGCGUCCUACCUAAACAACUAUACGCACGGAUUUGGGACUGCGUUCUACGCACAUCCAAGCAACCCAGCAGCGCGCGGUUGGCGUAAUCUGUUCUGGGUUACGUUUUUGUUUGCGGUUCGUUGAGGGAUUUUACGAUUCCAGAAUAACAAUCUAGAGUAAAAAUGUUCAAACUAACUGCCCUGCUGCUGGUGUUCAGCCUGGUGGAAGCGAAUCGGUUCCGUGCGGAGUUUCCUGGUCCCUUCUGCGCCGCCCGGCGAUACGACAAAUGCUGUAACAAUCGUCAGGAUGGUUGUUCGCAACCCAUCUCCACCACACUCUGCUACUGCGACGAAUUUUGCGAACGUGGCGAAACUGGAGAUUGCUGCCCGGAUUAUGAAGAAGUGUGUCUUGGAAUGGUACCGGAGCCAAUAACGGAAGCUUGUUCACACAAGGGUCACACUUUCACGCCAUUCGAUCCAGCCGUGGUGGACAAUUGCAAUACCUGUAAAUGUCAAAAUGACGGCACCGUCAAAUGUACGGAUGAUGUUUGUUUGGUAGAUGAUAGUCUGUUGGUGCAACUGGCUCAUUUACAAGACUCGGUUGGUUGGUAUGCUACCAACUACAGCGAAUGGUGGGGUCAUAAAUACGAUGAAGGAAAGACGUUCCGGCUGGGUACAUUCUACCCGAAGUUCAAGGUGAAGUCGAUGAGUCGUCUCACCAACGCCCAGGAACAUCUGCCGACACAUUUUGACGCAACUACUUACUGGCCAGGUUUUAUCGGAGAUGUUCGCGAUCAAGGUUGGUGUGGAUCCUCGUGGGCCAUUUCUACGGCUUCGGUAGCUUCCGAUCGGUUUGCCAUUCUGUCAAAGGGACGUGAAAUUGUGCAACUCGCUCCACAACAAAUCAUUUCGUGCGUUCGUCGAACCCAAGGUUGCAGUGGAGGUCAUUUGGAUACUGCCUGGAACUACGUACGCAGAGUGGGAACUGUCAACGAAGAAUGCUACCCGUACAUAUCCGCCCAGAAUGCGUGCAAAAUCCGUCAUUCGGACACGCUGGUCACUGCCAACUGCGAUCUACCGACGAAAGUGGAUCGAACCAACAUGUACAAAAUGGGUCCGGCAUUCAGCUUGAACAACGAAACCGACAUCAUGAUCGAGAUCAAAAAACACGGACCGGUGCAAGCUAUCAUGCGUGUCCACCGCGACUUCUUCUCGUACCAGAGAGGCAUUUAUCGUCACUCAGCGGCAUCAACGGCGGCCGAUCAACGUGCCGGCUAUCACUCGGUUCGGCUGAUCGGUUGGGGAGAGGAAUGCAAAGGUUACGAUGUGAUCAAGUACUGGAUCGCCGUCAACUCCUGGGGUAAAUGGUGGGGUGAAAACGGCCGAUUCCGAAUCCUGCGUGGUUCCAACGAAUGUGAGAUCGAAAGUUACGUCCUUGCCUCGCUUCCCUACGUUCACCAGCAGGUGAAACCGAUGCGACAGGUCGGGGAACUGCAGGAGAUGAUUGUUGGAACUGGGUACGUUCCGCAUCCAAGCAGGAGGUAUCCACCGUACGGACGUCGAACUGGUUGAGAAGAUGAAGGUGAAGUGAGAAACCGGGAGGGCGGCGGAGGAUCGCUUAUGAAUGGUUAAGAACUGUACAGUAUUAAGUUUAGGUGGAAGCUGAGAGGAACCGAAACGCUUCCUAGAAUAGUUGCGAUAUGGAUCUGUGUUUGUUUACUCAGCCAGCGGCGAAUCGGAAAGAGGUCGGAUACUUGUUUUUAUUUCGAAUGUUUACUGCCUAGAUCGCUUAGAAACGUUGUAUUAUUUAGUUUCUCUAUGAGCACUAGUCGACAGCUCCAGUAAAGUAGUGUAUUCAGCUAAAAGUGUUCAAGUACUCAAAAUUAUUUCUUUUGUUUUUUCGUGACUAGAUGUAAAACAACUAUAAACGAGUAUGAUAAGUUAUUGUUUCUGUCAGAGUAAUACAGUAGUAGAUAUAUGUAAAAUUCUAUGGUGCCAAAAUUUGAACGAUGACGAGAAUACGAUUUGAAGCAGGAGUUAAGUGACUCGUGCUAAAAACUAAAUUCCAUGAUACUGAACAGCCAGAAAAAAAUCUUUUACGUUUUGGUUUGUUAUUUUUAUUUCUUGUUUUUGUUUAUUAAGAAUAAUAUUUAAACUAGAGAAGAGAAAAAUUUUAAUUGCAUGUAAAUCUUGGAAAUAAUAUCAUACUUUAAAUUGUUUAAAUAAAUGUGUUCAGAGAUCA